UCUAUUGAACUCUCACGUCUGGCACCGUUAUCCGUGCUUGCCGCGUCGGUGGGGCAAACCGUCAUGAUAUUUAUAAACAGACGCUAGCCCGCGUUUGAGGGAGGAGGGGUGUUUUGUAAUGGUACAGACUGUAGGGCAAUGGGUGCGGUGCAGAAGCGAUACAGAGCAAGCGAAUGAAAGACUGCAUUAUUAAAGGGGAACAUUUUGGAAGACGUUUUUAAUAUAGUCUAUAAAUAUAUUAUAUGAAUGUAUUGUAGUAUUUUGGUACCCUUCUGGGAAUAGGUAGGUCAUUUUUUGUUGAUGUAAUUAAUACUGAAGAAAAAAAAGCGUUGUAAUAAACGUGUAUUUUUUUAAAAAUAUUUAUUUAGAGUGGUUUUUUUUUUAAAUACAAAAACGACGAAAAGAAAGCAGACACCCGCACGGAAAACAAGCCACUAAAAAAUAAAGGAAGGAGCCACGCAAAACAGUACCAGCAACCAGAAACCAGUAUACACUGCGAAACUGGUGUCUUUUUUGCUGUGAUAUAUAUUUUUUACACUUGAUUACCAAAAUAUUUUUUUUUCCCUCGCCGCACGAAACGGAUUUAAACACAAGAGACAUUUAAAUAUAUAUUAUAAGUAUUUGGUCGAUCGGAGAGUCGACGAGAGUCAGACGGGGAAGGGGGGUGCGCCUGAGAUUUUGUCGAGACCACUUCCAAAAAAGAAACCCACAGAAAAUAUAUAUAUUGCUCUCCAUCAACAAGGACAGACAAAACUGCCGAGGGGAGAAUUCUCAGUCGGUAGGUUUCUGAUUGGCUGAGCGGCGGUGGGAUCAGGGCGGGACGAUGAGUGAACUGGAACAGCUUCGCCAAGAAGCAGAGCAACUACGAAAUCAGAUCCGGGACGCCAGGAAAGCAUGUGGGGACUCAACUCUGACCCAGAUCACAGCUGGUUUGGACCCCGUGGGCAGAAUUCAGAUGAGGACACGACGCACCCUGAGGGGUCACCUGGCCAAAAUCUACGCCAUGCACUGGGGAACAGACUCCAGAUUGUUGGUCAGUGCCUCUCAGGAUGGCAAGCUCAUCAUCUGGGACAGUCAUACCACAAAUAAGGUCCACGCAAUCCCUCUGCGGUCGUCGUGGGUGAUGGACCUGGCGUACGCCCCCUCGGGCAACUACGUGGCGUGCGGAGGUCUGGAUAACAUCUGCUCCAUCUACAGCCUGAAGACCAGGGAGGGCAACGUGAGGGUCAGCAGGGAGCUCCCGGGACAUACAGGGUAUCUGUCUUGCUGUCGUUUUCUGGAUGACAAUCAGAUCAUUACCAGCUCGGGGGACACCACCUGUGCGCUGUGGGACAUCGAGACAGGCCAGCAGAGCACCACGUUCACGGGACACAGCGGGGACGUCAUGAGCCUGUCCCUGUCCCCCGACUUCAAGACCUUCAUCUCGGGGGCCUGCGACGCCUCCAUCAAGCUCUGGGACAUCCGGGACAGCAUGUGCCGGCAGACCUUCACUGGACACGAGUCCGACAUCAACGCAGUCUGCUUCUUCCCGAACGGGAACGCGUUUGCGACGGGCUCGGACGACGCGACGUGCCGCCUGUUUGACCUGCGCGCGGAUCAGGAGCUCAUGAUGUACUCGCACGACAACAUCAUCUGCGGGAUCACGUCCGUGUCCUUCUCCAAGAGCGGCCGCCUGCUGCUGGCAGGCUACGACGACUUCAACUGCAACCUGUGGGACUGCAUGAAGGGGGACCGCGCCGGAGUGCUGGCCGGUCAUGACAACAGAGUCAGCUGUUUGGGGGUCACUGACGACGGGAUGGCCGUGGCGACGGGAUCAUGGGACAGUUUUCUGAAAAUCUGGAAUUAAAAAAGGAAGAGGCAUGACGGACACACACACACACACACACACACACACGCGCGCGCGCGCACACACACCAUAACACACACACACACACACACACACACACACACACCAUACAGACAAACACACACACACACACACACACACACAUACAGACAAACACACACACACACCAUACAGACAAACACACACACACACCAUACACACAAGCACACACACACAUACACACAAGCACACAUACACACAAACACACACACACACACACACACACCAUACACACAAGCACACACACACACACCAUACACACAAACACACACACACACACACACACACCAUACACACAAACACACACCAUACACACAAACACACACACACACCAUACACACAAGCACACACUAUAGAGACAAGCAUACAGACAAACACACACACUAUACAAACCACACACACACCAUACAGACACACACACACACCAUACAGACACACACACACCAUACAGACAAACACACACACACCAUACAGACACACACACACACUAUACAGACAAGCACACACAC